AUGAGUGAAAAAGUUCGAUUCCUAACUCUGAUCCGUCCUCUUAUGUGUGUGCUUCCUGAAGUCAGCAACCCAAUGAGAAGAGUUCAAUUUAGAGACAAACUUGUAUGGACUGCUAUUACAUUAUUUAUAUAUCUAGUUUGUUGCCAAAUCCCUCUGUUCGGUAUCUCAACCUCAAGCAACGCCGACCCUCUCUACUGGGUCAGAGUCAUCAUGGCAAGUAACAGAGGCACCUUAAUGGAGCUCGGCAUUUCACCCAUCGUUACCUCUAGCAUGAUCAUGCAACUUCUUGCAGGCUCCAAAAUCAUUGACGUCGACCAAAGCUUAAAAGAAGACCGAGCACUCUUCCAAGGCGCCCAAAAACUCUUUGGGAUGCUCAUCACAAUUGGAGAAGCAGUGGCUUACGUUGUCAGCGGAAUGUAUGGAAAUAUCUCAGACAUUGGAGCUGUUACCGCAAUUUUGAUUAUUAUUCAGCUGUUUUUGGCAGGAGUCAUCGUGAUUAUUCUUGAUGAAUUUUUGCAAAAAGGUUAUGGACUGGGCUCAGGAAUUUCUUUAUUUAUCGCUACAAAUAUUUGUGAAAAUAUUGUGUGGAGAGCGUUCAGUCCGACCACAAUAACUACUUCUAGAGGAAUGGAAUUUGAAGGAGCAAUAAUUGCUUUAUUCCAUCUACUUAUCACUAGAACUAACAAAAUCCAAGCACUGAAAGAAGCUUUUUAUAGGUCCAAUGCUCCAAAUAUCAUGAGUUUGUUAGCGACGGUCUUUAUUUUCUUGGUCGUUAUUUAUUUCCAAGGCUUCAAAGUAGAUUUAAGCAUCCGCUCUUCAAAAGUUAGAGGACACCAAGGCACUUAUCCAAUCAAGCUUUUCUAUACCUCCAAUAUCCCUAUUAUUCUACAGACUGCACUUGUAUCUAACCUUUAUUUCUUUUCACAGAUUCUAUAUCGUAGAUAUAGAACUUACACACUAGUCUGGCUACUUGGGCAGUGGCAAGAUCUAGACCAAGGGUAUUCAAUACCUGUAGGUGGACUUGCGUAUUAUAUUUCACCACCAAGGGAGUUUGGAGAUAUUGCUGCAGACCCAAUACAUGCACUAGUUUAUGUAGCCUUUGUGCUGUCUUCGUGUGCGUUGUUUUCAAAGACGUGGAUUGAGGUAAGUGGAAGCUCUGCAAGAGACGUGGCGAAACAGCUGAGAGACCAACAGAUGUUUUUGGAAGGACACAGAUAUGAAAGUAUGGUAAAAACACUUAACAGAUAUAUUCCAAAUGCUGCUGCCUUUGGAGGGAUGUGCAUUGGAGCCCUUACCAUUGUGGCAGACUUGCUAGGAGCAAUUGGAUCUGGAACAGGGAUUUUACUUGCAGUCACCAUUAUUUACCAAUAUUUCGAAGCUUUCUAUAAGGAAAAACAAGAGUCAGGUGGAGUUUUCCUAUUUUAA